AAAAUGCAGUUGUUUUUUCAAGUUUUGUUUAGAAUGACACGGCCGCGGAUUGUUUUGGUAAAUUCCUUUUCCAGAGGAAUCAUUUGGCCGUGAUUCUCAAAAUUGAAAAAAAGCAUGUGUGAUCGUAAUUGAUUCCAUCACAAUUUUAAAAUUUCCCGUUAGAAUCGUUAGCCGAUGUGAUAUAAAUAAAUUAGUGAACAUGGGAAACUGUCUCAAAGGAACAACUGCAGACGACAUUUCGCUUUUAAGGGGAUCGGAAACAAACAGGGAUUCAACUUCGUCAGAUCAGCUUGGUCCACCACCUCCGUACCAGCAAGAGCCUACUCCUGUAUAUUACCCAUCUCCAAAUGUAAGUAGGCCAGUGACCCAACUUACGGAAGAGGAGCAGGUCAAAAUUGCUAAAAGAAUUGGAUUAAUUCAACAUUUACCUACUGGAACAUACGAUGGUUGUAAAAAGAACAGAGAAUGUGUGAUCUGUAUGGUGGAAUUUAAUGUGAAUGACCCAGUACGAUACCUGCCAUGUAUGCAUAUUUAUCAUGUUCAGUGCAUUGACGAUUGGUUAAUGAGGAGUUUCACGUGUCCUUCAUGUAUGGAGCCUGUGGAUGCAGCAUUACUGACAAGUUACGAAACGAAUAAUUAAUAUUUAUGUUUCUCUUGCUCAGAGCAGUGCUCUGUCUUGGAACUCUUUAGGGAUGCUGCACCUCUGAUGAAGAGGUGACUCCACAAGACUGACUGUUUUAUUGUUUUUACAAGCAUAAAGCAGAUUUGAAAUUUAGAACUGUGCUGUGAUGUGAAUAUGAGGUAGUGCUAAGAAAGUUAAUAAUCAGGGUACUGAUAAUGUCUUUAUACACAAGUAUUCUGUUGCUUUCCUUCAGAUCAAUAGUUGGCUUAUACAUAAUUAAUAAUGAUAAAUAUGAAUAAUCAUAAUAAUCAUAACAAUAAUAAUUAUAUUUUCACAUUUUAUGGUUAUAAGUAAAAAAAUCGGUAACUUAUAUGUGAAAUCAGAAAAAUACAGAAUUAUGUCUGGUACAUUUAGUGAAAUAACAGGAGGUUCUAAUACAGUUUUAUGCUUGGACAAAAUAUCAAUUUUUAUGUGUAUGUUAAAAAGUUAUUUGUAAAAACAUCACACACACACACACACACACACACACACACACACACACACACACACACACACAAUGGAAUGGGGAAAUUAAAUGAAUUA